AUGCUUUUCAAAGUGGCAGGCCGAUACAGAACUCGCGCACCGACGUCGAAACACAAUGCAAAGAAGAUUGAUGAAUGGUGUGGAUCUGGUUAUGAAUACAUGGGACAAGAUCCAGAUUUGUAUCGAUGUCUUUCGGAAGAUUUGGAUAAAGGGUCUUUGAUCUUGUUGCACCACUAUCAAGUAUCAUGUCCUUUCACUGGAAGAACUCAAUUACUCAGAAUGUCACACGUUGGAAAUCAAAAUUAUUUAUUCGGUCGAAAAAUUGGAGACCUCAUUGAUGGCUCAUUGAUUUCACCCAUGUACAAGAAUUAUAUUUUCAAAAUUUCUGGAGCUUGCGAUCGUAAUGGUAGACCGUAUCAUCCUGGAAUUUACAAAAUUGGACGUGUACGAGUUUUGAAAGAACCAGGAACAUUUGGAUAUCAAGCUUGGAGAGCUCCACGAUCAGGUUGUCGAAGGAGAAAAAUUGUGAAAGGUUGUGUGUUGGAUGCUGGAGCCGCGGCUGUUUCUCUGAUUGUAGUGAAAAAAGGAGAUCAAGAAAUUCCUGGACUUACCGAUCAAGUGCGUCCAAAAACACUUGGUCCAAAACGAGCCUCCAAAAUUCGAAAAUUAUUUAAUUUGUCGAAAUUAGAUGAUGUCCGAAAGUAUGUCAUUAAGAGAAAUGUUAAAAUUGGUCAAAGUGUGACACCGAAAGGUGUGAAAAUUCAAAGGUUGGUCACUCCUGAGCGAAUACGAAGGAAACAGCAACGAAUUCGAGAAUCAAUGAAAAAAGCGAUUAAGCGACAGCGCGAUCGAGAAAUGUAUGAAAAAAGAUUUCCAAGCACAAGUUCCUCAACACAUAAAUAA